CAAAGGGUAGUCAGUUCAGCACUCACCAGCCACCAGAAGACAUUAUCUGGCUCUACCCAACACUCCGCCAAUAUGCACACCUUGGUCUUCUUCGUUCUGGCCACGAGCACUUGUCUGGCGUACUACGGGGGGUACGACUCUCGGAAUCUUAUCGUUAGAGAAGAACCACAAGAUGAAAUGGGCGGUGAGCUAGUGGAAUGUCCCGUGUGCUUGGGGGCAAGAAAUGGCGAGUGGCUGCCUAGCAACGAGGUGUGCCCCAUCAUGAGAGGCAACAAGAGGUACAAGAGGUGCCCGCGAGGCACCUACGUCAAUGAAGUGUGCGACAACCGACUUGACUGCUACAGGGGACCCCGGGAACAGUGUACCGAAAAGAUGGACUUCGAUGUCUACGGACAGAAGUGCGCCCCCGGAUACUACUGCAACAAAUACCUCGGCGUAUGCACUGGACUGGAAUACAACGUGGACAGCAAAACCCAGUGGCUACUCAACCCAAACAGGCGGUACCCGCUGCGAGCACGGCGCGCUGCGUAAAUCCGUUAACACUAGACUUUUUAAAAAUCGAUUCGCAUUUAACACGUUGACAAAGACCAUGGCCGCGACUGAAUACUUGGUCUCAUUAGAUUUAUUUUUACAUCCAAGAUUUACAUGUAUUGAAUUAUUUUCUUGCUUAGGCUUUAAUAGUUAUACAAAUAAUAAUAGUUGCUUACUUCCUUUGUUAGUUAAGUUAUUGCUGUGAUAUUAUUAGAUUCUUAAAUUGCGCUGAUCUCAUUUUAAUGUUUAUUUUACCUACCAUUCCUUAGAAUAACAAUUAAUUUAUUCCUAAUUAUUUAGAAUUAAAUAUUUAUUUACAUACGUAUUUGAUAAGUAAUAAGCCUGUAAAUUUUAUUUAUUCUUAAAUAACAUUAAAAUUUUAUUGAUCUCAAGUAGGUACCUACCUACUACCACGAGCAUAGAGUUAAUCUAUGACCACGAGUGUAGGUAGAUAAGUAAAAACCAAGAGUGAUUUAUAAGAAAUAUGAAUAAAUGCAUUUAAACCUUU